AUGUCUUCGCCAAAUGUUGUCAGUAUGGAAGAAAUACGGCUGGAAGAUGAUGAGCGAGACUGCAUAGAAUACAAGAUCCUACUGGCCUAUGCCCAGCGGCGGUUGUCUGCCAGUAAAUAUGGGAAACUUCUGAAAAAUGAAGACACUUUUUUCAGAAGAAAAGUGCAGAAAUCAUCAUCCUUAGUCAGGAGACAACUAAAGAUUGACCAUCCAAGGGAUAUAGAUGGUUCAAGCCUAAGAGUAUUUUGUCAGGGUCUUGUAAUACAAUCACAAGGCAACACUCAAAAGGAAACAAAAUAUUUGCGAGGACGUCAUCUACCUUUUCCCUGCAGCGGAGCAGAGCCCCCAACGGCGUCACUGCAGGGAGGUCACAGGGCACAUUUCUCCGAUUUUGAGAAUCAAUCCAAGAACCUUCGACAAGGGGAAUCCCAACAUCAGACAAGUGAAACAGCAGAUGUCAACCACAUUGCAGACAAACUUGCCAAGCUUGUUACUUCCAGAUCCCAGGAACCUCCUUCAGAUGUGUCAUCCAAGAUAAGUGAUCUUACUGAUGGAAGUGAGGGCGAGAAAUGUGAUGAAGAACAGAUAAUACAAACAAUAGUUUCACUGUUAAAACAAUCAGGGGACCAACUAGAAGAAAAGGUCAAAAAGGACAGUGGUUUAUAUCAGCAUUUUAAAGAUAUGCUGUCCUACACUUUCUUCGAAAGGAUCACUGACUUAUUCCUGGAGGGUGUCUCAGCAGAUUCAACAAGUGAGCCAGAAGGCCAAGUACAGUGCAAAAAAGUUGCCUUUACAAUGGAAGUUGUCACAAGACUUACUGCUGUGGACAACCAUCCUAUGAACCUGGUCUUGGGCUUUGGUGUAAAGUACCUCAGAGAACACUUCAAGCCAUGGAUUCAGGACCAGGGUGGUUGGGAGAAGGCUUUGGCUUCACUGGAUCAGGAAGAAGUAGAGUAA